UCAUAGGUAACCAUGGUGCCUGUCCGUACUGGGGGGUUUUUGUUUUUUUUUUCCAGUGUGCAUCCAUGGAUGCAUCACAUGACCAUUAAUCUUCAGUGCAUUUCCGCUUUCACGGCGGCCGAGCUGUUAUCAAUUGCUCUCCAUGGAGGCGUGCAGGAUUUUAGUUGAAGCAUCUCUGCUGUUUCCACCAUCCUCUCCUCUGUGUCUCUUGUUUCCGCACUGAAUCAAUGAAAGCAUAAUCAUCCUAGGAUUGCCUCAUCCUCCUCCUCCUCGUCUUCUUCGUCCAGCCCUUCGUCGAUCAAGCGCGGCCGAGCUGGGGGGGAAUCCGGGGAAAGGCAGCCGCGGCGCCCCGCACCGGCCGACGGACACCCCGCCGCGACGCGCCACUAACAUGCUCACCCGUGUAAAGUCCGCCGUGGCCGGUUUCAUGGGGGGAAUCAUGGCCGGGGGUAGCUCCGGGUCAGGCGGCAAUCCUGGAUCCGAGCUGCCGCUGAAAUUCCCAUAUAUGAGACCUGAUUUCCUUGGACUGUCCCCGGAUGAGAUCGAGUGCUCUGCUGAUCACAUAGCUCGGCCCAUCCUCAUCCUGAAGGAAACCAGGAGAUUACCGUGGGCCACCGGAUACGCUGAGGUUAUUAAUGCUGGUAAGAGUGCGCUGAAUGAGGACCAGGCCUGCUGUGAGGUGGUAGUAGCAAGAAGGAGGCCAAUGAGCUACUGCCCUCCCUCCACACCCAGCAAGACCCCCACCGCCAAGAGACGCAACUCCUUGCCCAACGGAGAGGGCCUAGGGCUCUGUAUGGAGCACAGCAGACUAGGAGAGGAAAGCGAAGGACUCGUGUUUCACUACUGGGCUUUGUUCGACGGUCACGCAGGUUCAGGUGCGGCAGUUGUCGCCUCCCGCUUGCUACAGCACCACAUCGCCUGCCAGCUUCAGGCCGUCAUAGAGAUUUUGCGCAACUUGGCAUCUCCACCCCCCACCGUGCUGGGCGAGGAGCCAGACUGUAAUCCCUACCUCCAGGGAAACACUCCUCACCGUGCCCUGACCCGGGCUGCUUCCCUGCGCGGGGCCACAGGUGCACCAGGCUCCCCUUGCAGCACCCCGCCUCCACCACGCUUUUUUACUGAGAAGAAGAUCCAGCACGAGAGCCUGGUGAUUGGAGCCAUAGAGAACGCCUUCAAAGAGAUGGACGUCCAGAUCGAGAGGGAGAAGCAGGUUUUUAACAUCACAGGAGGAUGCACGGCUCUCACUGUGGUUUACCUCCUAGGAAAGCUUUUUGUUGGGAACGCAGGUGACAGCAGGGCUAUCAUUAUUAGAAACAAUGAGAUCAUUCCCAUGUCGACAGAGUUCACACCAGAGUCAGAACGACAGCGACUCCAGUUCCUGGGUUUCAUGCAGCCUCACCUGUUAGGAAAUGAGUUCACGCACCUGGAGUUCCCCCGGAGAGUUCAGAGGAAGGAGGUGGGCAAGAGGAUGCUCUACAGAGACUUCACCAUGAACGGAUGGGCUUACAAGACGAUCGAGGAUGAGGAUCUCAAGUUUCCUCUUAUAUACGGUGAAGGGAAAAAGGCGCGGGUGUUGGCCACCAUUGGUGUGACCCGUGGACUCGGUGACCACGACCUCAAAGUUCAUGACUCGAACAUCUUUAUCAAGCCGUUCCUGUCCUGUUGCCCUGAGGUGAAGGUGUAUAACCUGAUGCAUUACGAACACGGAGCUGAUGAUGUGCUUGUGAUGGGAACUGAUGGCCUCUGGGAUGUCCUUUCCAACCAGGAGGUGGCUGAAGCCGUCACCACCUUUCUAGCUAACUGCGACCCUGACGACUUGCACAGGUACACAAUGGCAGCACAGGAUUUGGUGAUGCGAGCACGAGGUGUUCUGAGAGACAGAGGCUGGAGGAUCAGCAAUGAGCGCCUGGGCUCUGGAGACGACAUCUCAGUCUUCAUCAUACCUCUCAUGUACGGCAACCGCCAGCCCUGAGGAGCAUUCCGCCGAUGCUAUGGUUCAGUGAUGAGAAGGGCCUGUAGACUCAGCAGGAUUGAUUAGUCCUGAACUCAGAGUCCCCCUUUUAGUUUUCUUAUUUAUUUGCUUCCUUAGAAGAAGGUGGAACAUUAAUUUGUUGGUGCUUCAUUUCUCUACAGGAGUUCAGGAUUGAUCAGCUCAAGGGAACUACAGUCAGCAUCGCCAUGUUAGUUUAUUAAGACUCCACAGUCGUGAAAGCUUAAACCGUAGAUAAUUUUAAGUCACUAAAUCAUGUCAUGAAUAAACAAUGCCAAGAAAUAACUUGCCUGGCAAAACUCAAAUAAGCAAAUGCUUUUCCGAAGUGAAGAAGAGCUUUCUCGCUCUUACCCUCCCUCCUCUUGUGCUAAACAAUUCUGGGCUCCUCCUCCUACUAUUCCCCUUUCUUUAGUUGAUCCUUCCUUCUCUUGUAGGCUAUUGUAUAUUUAACUUGUUUAUAUAUAUUUUAAAAAAAAAAGAAUACCUCCUUUGUCUUGUGAAAAUGGACCAAGCUGACAUGUCAGCUGCAUUUUCUGUUUUGCCACAGUGUGGCUUUAAAGGACUCACUUGCUGAAUAACUGUUUCAAGUUUGCCGAAGAAAUUAAAGAAGUGUUGAUAUGGGCACAGAACAAGAGGUUAUCCACAUUUCCAAAAAAGUCAUUAACGGAUCUUAGCCUUUAUCGAUCAAGAGUUGAGAAAGAAGGACUGGUGUGGUUUAUGAACAAACAAACACAUCUGCACAGCAAAAAAAAAAGUUCACUGUGACAAGUCAUUUAAUCCAGUAACAAGUCGCCAUGUUCUACUAAACGUUUUAUUAAAUAAUUUUAUUUUAAUUAUAUUCUUAGAUAUUUAGACUUUUGUUGUUCUAGCUAUUCUCUAUCCAUUAAAUAUGAAGCUAAAAUCAUAGUUCAGCUUAACGAAAGAUAAGAAAUACUUUGGGUGGGGACCGCGGCACAACCAAACUGAUUGUGACCCUAUGUAAUAAGUUAAUGAUCUUGAUACCUUUAAAAUUGUUGCUCUGAGGAUGGGGACAACAUCUGUGACCACUAGCAAUCAGCCAUUUUCUUGACUUUGAAUCAUCGAGAUAGUGAUGAACCACUAAUAAGAAGGAUUCAGUCUGCCAUCAGAUUGAAAUGGUGCAAGUUGGGAAUUAUGUGUGCAGUCAUUGAUAAAACCUGUUGCAAAUUUGUUGCUGUCAACAUGCAACAUUUACAUGAACUACUUACAUUCAGAAAUUUCUCCAUAAAUAGCGGUGCAGUUGCUGCAGGACGGCGAUGUAACUGCAAAAUAACAAAGCAGGUUUACCUCUAUGUUACUUGCCUCCGAGUGGUCAAUUGGUUGCCGCCACUUCUUGCAAUUUCCAGGCUACUAUCCAUCUUUUUUUUCUCUCCUAGUUGCACUGAGGUUGCUGUCCUAUUUUUACUCUCGCGUGGCUAAGCCAUAAGUCUUAAGUGGUUUCUAUCUACUGAUUUGGAGAAUAAAUAUUUUUUAAUAUAAUUUAAAAUCCUUACAUUUUAAAAUUUGGGAUUUGGUUUGGCAAUUCUCUUAAAGUUAUAAAUAACUGGCUUAACGUGAGAUUAAAUGACUUGUACACCAGUGCAUUUGCACUUUAGGCCAACCCAUAUAACUCACCGAAGACCCAUGGUACGAUGCAGAAGCAAAUAUUCCCUGCAGCAGGGAGGAUUGAUAUAAUUCAUAGCUGUAGUUUUAAAAAGAAAAAUCAUGAAGUACAAUCAAGGUUGAAUCUGAAAGCUUUUGUUUUAUUGUUUUGUUUUUGCAUGUUUCUUGCUUUAGGUGCUUCAUCAAAAUACAGAUGAUGUUGCCUUCAGGGGGACGGCUUUGGGUAAAAUGUGUUACCGUGAGUGGAUGUAGUGGACUGUGUGUCAGUGCAUGCAGUAGCAUAAUGUAGGCCUGGGAUUAUGAGCAAUGGUGCAAUGGUUUGAAUUAUUGUUUGAUUUAUAUAGACUGAAUGAGAACUGGUGAUAAUGUUAUUUGUUAAUGUGCAACAAUCAUGCAUAUAUUAUUGAUUAUAUAUUAUUUCAGACAUUUGGCAUAAGACCCAAAGGAUAAGAGCAGCCACGAAGAAAGGGAACAAAAUAAAACGAUACCAAUGGCUAUACAUGAAACCAAAUCAUUUUCUCUUUUUUCCAUAUUUUUUUCAUAUUUUUUAGUUUUAGUUUUAGGAAGCUGCAGAAGAUGUGAAGUAGUUUGUGCUUCAGAAACUUUAAAGUUAUCUCAAAAUUUUGGGUUUUUAAUCUCCGAAUUUUUAUUUGUAUGUAGAAAAUUGAAAUUUUGAGAUACCUAACUUGAUAUUUAGAAUAAUUUUGAUGAAAUUUUGACUUGCAGAUAGGGGGGAAAAGUGGUGGAAAAAACUGACACGCUGUUGAGGCGAGCAAACAAAUGUGUUUUAGAAGAAAAAUGUGUUUUGAAAAAUUAAACAUCAUCUUAAAUAAAUAAUUUACCUUCACCGUAGUUGAUGUGUGGGGUUUUGGAAUUAAACCGGUGUAUUUAAAAGUUGACUGCAAAGCUGGAAUAUGUAAUAAGAGGGUGACAAGUAUAAAGAAGUCAUUUGUUAAUAAGUAACGUCCUGAAUGAUGUUAGAUAAUUGAGCUGGAUGAGAAGAAUAUUGGUCAUUCCUGUGUGUAUGGUGCAUAUGAAACUACAGCUAGCAGCUAUCUAGCUUAAUUUAGUACAAAGACUAGAAAAUCAAAUACUGCUGAUCUUUUUUGAUACUAUAUUUUAUCAUUUUGAUCUGUAAAAAAGUCAGAGUAUAAAAACACAGUUUUGCUGUGUUCUUUUUUUUUUUUUUGCAUAUUAAAAGUUGAGGUCUGUCUUUACACAUCAAUUUCUGGGCUAGCUGUUUCUAUGCUACACUAAGCUAAGUUAAGCUAAUAGUCUCCUGGCUGUAUCGUUAAGAUUUACUCGUAGGAACUGAGUAUUGAAACAUCGCACUUCAUUCUUCCUCAGACUACAUACAUGCAAAUUACUCAAAAUUAUUUUGUGUCACCAUUCAUGUACGCAUGCUAUUUGUCAUGCUAUCUUGCACAGUGUUUGCAGCUGACAACAACUAUCUACCUUUUCCUCCAAGAAGCAGACAUUGAUGUUUACCUGAACUUUGCAUGGUGCAUUUUCCCCUCUUAUACAUUCCAUUAACGAAAUAUUUCAAUGUUAGAUUAUGUAUUGGAAUAUUUUCCUUCGGUUAGGUGUUUAGCAUUUGUUAAUUAAUGAAAAACUUUUCUAAUAAGUGGUUAUUUUCCCUUCAUACUUUACUUUUCGAUUUAAAUGUUUUUGAUGCUACCAGAUCUUCAGCAUCUGACGUGUGCAUCAGUAUGUGUUUUGAAUGUUCAUCCUUCUACCUGUGCUUUAGGCUCUUUAUUAUUGUCAUUAAGCCUUUUUCUCUUAAACGAAUGUGGAAACAUGAGUAUAUAUUUUAUUUUUCUCAUCCUAUUGUGCCACCCAACUACUGCACAUCAACUCAGGUUCAACUGUCAUGUGUCGAUAACGACCUGUUGAGAGUGGUUUUCUAAAGACAGGAAGUGCUCUGUGAUGGUCUUGGUUCCACUGCAUUUGUAAAUAUGUGGGAGUGCAUUGGUGUGUACAGGAAGCUCUUAGAUUUGAUCAGCUUAGUCCCUUCAGCCAACUGUAGGUCUUGCUUUCUGAACUUGCUGUAUUGUGAACCUUGUCAUUGCUGUUUUUUUUUUCUACCUAAGACUACUAAUGGUUAUAGAAAGAUGCAAAGAGCUGAUUUCUUUUUUCUGUAGCAAAGAGGAAUUUUGAAGCCCAGUGGGAUACCAUUUUAAGUGACCAUUGUGCUACCCUCAAACUCUGUUUGUGAAUGUGAACUGCACAUUUUAUAUAACAUAAAAAUAACUUAUGAGGUCAAAAAGAAAUAUUUUUAAUGUUUCCUUGUGCAACACUUGGACUUUUGGGGGGGAGUGAUGUUUACCUGAAGUGUUUCUUUUCCAGAAAUAAAAAAAGAGACAAUAAAUGUUGAAGAUCAA